GGUGCGGGACCGGGCAGGGUGCGCGGCGGCGGCGGGGGAUGGCGGCGGCGGAGCUUCAGGAGCUGCGGGCGCUGGUGGAGCGGGCGGGCGGGCGGCGGGCCGUGCUGCUGGUGGCCGAGGUGGCGGAGGGGGCCCCGGCGGCAGCCACGUUGUCCGCCUUCGCCCGCGACCUCCUGGGGGAGGAGGCGCCGCCGGGGCCGGGCUGCCGGUCGCGGCGGCGGGUUGUCGGCGGGCGGCGAGGGCUGGGAGCGCGGCUGCUGCUGGUGCUGUGCCGCGGCGGGGCGGCGCGGGGCCGCGGAGCCCGUGUCCGCCUGCGGGAGGUGGUGCGGGACGUGCGCGGCCGCCUGCCCCCGGCACCGCCGCCCGCCGUCGUAGGCGUUCUGCUGCCCGGCGGGGACACGGAGGACGCGGCGGUGCUGGACGCCACGCUGCGGCGGCACUUCCCGGCGCCCGGCACCGUGCAGGCGGCCCGGUACAGCCCCGGCAGCCCGGCAGCCCUGCGCGACUGCCGCGCCGCCGCCUGCCGCGCCCUGCGGGCCGCCCUGCAGCACCCCGCAGAAGAGGUGAAAGACAGGGAGAGGUGGAGGCUCCCAUCCUUCCUGCGGUGCAUUUCUUGGAGCCGGAGGAGUUGGAGAAAAGACCACAAAGCAAAAGCUGCAAACAGCAUUCAUGAAGAUGACCUGCAGGACCCUGAGGAAGAAGUGGCUCUGACCAGCCUGUCCCCCAAUGGAAACUACGAAGAAGCUGCUGGAGACACAGGCACUUAGAAAUGCUGGGCGCCCAGCAUAGUCCAUGUCCCUGAUCCGCCCAGUGGAUUUGGAGCAGUGGGAGGAGGAGCUGGUGCAUGCCCACUCACCUUCUCCUCUGAGGACCCACCACUAACAAGAGAAGCUGCUUAGCUUGCUACGGUCUUCUGUAGCUGCUGACAGCAAAAGGUCCAUGCCAGAGAGCCAUCCUCUGCUGCGCCCUGCUGCCAGGGGGUGUCUGGAGCUGCUGCUGGACACUGGGCUUCUGAGAAGUACUUUGGGGAUUUAUCCCACGUCCUGGGCGAGAUGAUGUUGGAACUUUGAGUGUGAAAUGCAGCCACUUGCGUGAAGAAUGAGGAAUGCUUUCUAAUUCUGAGCAAAGUUCCCUGCUGAGAUUGCCAGGGCUAACCUCCCUGGUAAGAGGAUUCUGCUGCCUUGUUUUCUUGCUUUAUUGCUGCUUUGAAGUUCCCACCCUUUCCCUGAUCAGGGAAAAAAAAAAAAAAAAGGACAACCUGGUGGUAUGGAUACUGCAAUGGCUACAGAAAAGGCUUGAAUGUAGCUGUAUAACAUGAAGAAUGCAUUAACAGCCCACUGUGGGCAGUAAGAAUAACUCAGAAGAUCCUGAUAGCAAUGGCAGCUGGAGCAAAGUGUGAUUUGGAAGCAGGACCCAUCCCUCUGGCUUGUCUUGGUGCUCACAGACUGACUGAUGGUUUGCCUGGGUUGCAGCAGGUGGCAGGUGGACACUAAGGUGUGGCUGAUGCUAGAUGGGGUUAUGGGAGAGGCCCAUCUCGCUUUGGACAUUUCCACAGCCAUGUGAUAGCAGGUGUCGGAGGUGGCCUGCAGCACGAGAAGCUGUGGCUGCUUCAUAAAUAAACAGAAAAAUAAUCUAUUUAAGUUGUUCCAAAAGGCUGCAUGUAGCUGUGGGGCAACACAAUUAAUUACAAAUCCUUGGUUUAUGAGGAGUAUUACUAUAAGGCUAAGGAUACCUUUUUUAUUCUUACUUUAAUGCAACAUAAAACAGCUCUUGUAUUAUUUUUAGCACAAGCUCUGGGUUUUGUUUGGGGCUACCUGUCCUUUUGGAGUUUCAUCCAGCUCAGACCAGAAACUUCAACCUGCCACCUCCUGCCUACCUCUUCUCUGAGUUAGCUCCUGAAUUAUGUCAGUACAUUCUCCAUACAUCUGUCCUCUCUCUGGCUCUUUUAUUCGCAAUGGCAACUGAAGUGUCUGCAGUCCUGCCAGCUCUGGCCUGCACUUCAUCCCAGCAGUGUGCCUUUGGCAUCUUCCUAGCUCUACCUGGAGCAGGGGAUGGCUUUUGUACCCAGCUCUGCCUGUGACCAUGAUCAUCAAUGUUUUUCAACAAACCUUUUUUCUGUGCCUCAGUUUCCCCACCAGUAGGAUGGGGACAGCAGUGCCCACCUACCUCGCUGGGGUUAUGAUGGUGAUGCUGGAGCAGAGCUUAGCAGCUCUCGGGUUUAGAGUUGGUGCUGCUUUGCCCUUUUGGCUGGGAGAGAGUGGUGGAAGGUGCCUGGAGCAUGCUGGUGGCGUCUAGUGGGAGAGAGGGGGAGAGUUUGCAGGUGUGCUCAGCAAGUCUCUACGUUAUCAUGUUGCUUGUUUGAAUGUGUUGUGAUAGGCCUAGUCUACAUAGGAAAGCUUGGUCUACAUAGCUUCACCUGAAACGCAGCUGUAAUAUGCUGUAGCUGCUCAUAAGGUGGUGGGAGGGGGUAGGUGGGUGCUAAGCAUUUGAGAAAGGGCAUGUCGCAUCUCUUCACAGCAGAAACACUUUCCUGUGUGGUGUGGGCUGGGGAGAGCGAACCUAGGAGGCAACUGACGUGGGCAGAGAUGGCACCAAACCAGUUCUUCUUCCAGCCUGCAGGAUUUUUGUAGGUUUUCUUUGCUUAUGACCAGGAGGAAAAUAGAAAUGUAACCAAGUGACUCAAUAAAGUCACUCGGUGUGGGUGGCUGUAUUUAUGAUCCCGGGCUUCAGCACCUGAUAGUGAGUGCAUCUUAGCAAGAUGAAGGUAUCCUCCUGCUCUGUCCCAGGCAUGAGCACGUGUGUGUGCUGUGCAGUGAAUUCCCUCUGCUCGUAUUCACAGUAGAGUCCAGGUCGCUGCACAGUUACGUACUUUCCUAAUAAAGCCCUUGGUUAGGUGAGUCCAGUAGGACUUCAUAGUAUGAUCAGGUGUAUCUUUGUUUUCUUGCAGUAUUUGGCCUUUGCCACCUAGAAUUUACCAGUGAAGAGGUUGCCCAAGAGGCUUGCAGUUAAACCUAUCUUAGUGCUACAAAUCCAAUGGAUUUAUUUAUUGUUAAUUUUUAAGUAAAUCAUGCAAGUUUACCCUUGCAGUGAGACUUUUGUGGAAGCGGAUGAACUGCCUGAGGUUUAGAAGGUGUGAGAAUACAGUUGAUCAAAAGUAUUGUUUUCCUUUGACUGAGGAAUAAAAAUGACUUGAAUUUUUAAUUUUUUCUUCUUUUUUUUUCCUUUUUUUCUUAAUUUUUUUGUUUGUUUGUUUUUUUAUUCAAUAGCUGGGCAUGUGGAGAUGCAGCAGAUAGUUUUUCCAUGUUUAAUUGAUUUAAUAAUUGAAGGGCACUGUGAUCUUACAUGAUUGCUGUAAAAAUAAAGACAUUUAAUUUCUGAAAUGGCAUGUACUUCAGUUUGGUUUUUGUUUGCCAUGGUGUUAUCUGUAAAGUAGCAUUAUGUGUGGUUUGACUGAUAUUUCUCUUGAUUUAAAUAAAAGGUAUAUUGGGAAGGA